AUGGAGCUUCCACCUGGACUUUCUGUUCAUGUUUCCUCUGUCCCUUUGGUUUGUAAACUUCAGAAAUCCCUGUAUGGUUUAAGGCAAGCUUCUAGGCAGUGGUAUUUUCUUGGAAUUGAAGUUUUGUGUUCUCCUAAUGGGGUUUUGCUUCACCAAAGUAAGUUUGUCGGUGAUUUACUCAAAAAGUUUCAGCCUGAGGUUUGUUCUCCUGUAAUUUUCCCACUUGAGUUGAAUGAAAAGUUGAAAUCUGGUGUUGGGGAUCCUUUGCCCAAGCCUGAUGUGUAUAGAAGUUUGGAUCUCAGCCACUUCAUGCAACAUCCUUUUGUCCCUCAUAUGAGAGCUGCAAUUCAUCUGCUCAGAUAUUUAAGGGGCACUUCUGGUCUUGGUUUGUUCUUUAAUAAUUCUGCUGAUCUUUCCCUUAAAGUCUACUGUGGUAGUGAUUGGGCAUCUUGCCCUGACAGUAAGAGGUCCAUUACCUGCUUCUGUGUGUUGUUUGGUGGUAGUUUUGAUCAGUUGGAAGGCUAA